CAGAACCAGAACAAGAUGAUCAGGUGCUUGCUUUUCAUUUCCUUGUUGAUACAUUCAACUUUAGGGCAGAAUUCUACAUCAAAGAAAUGGCUGACUUUAAGUGGUAAACGGCCCAUUGUGAUAGCGAGAGGCGGGUUCACAGGAAUGUUUCCUGAGUCCAGCUCGUUUGCGAAUCAAAUGACACAGACUUUAAGUUUGCUAGAUACGGCUACGCUCUGCAAUCUACAACUAACAAAAGAUGGCAUUGGUAUAUGCCUCUCGGGUGUCACACUUGAUAAUUCAACAAAUAUAAACCUUAUAUUCCCAAAAGAUAAAAAGAACUACACUGUCAAUGGAAAGGAAGUGUCGGGGUGGUUUUCUUUGGAUUAUACAAGUGAUCAGCUCUUCAGCAAUGUAUCAUUGGUUCAGAAUGUACUCUCUCGAUCAAGUAUGUUCGAUUUGCUAGCACCUAUAUCUACUGUUGAAGAUGUCACAGGAAUUAAACCGGCCCAGUUUUGGUUGAAUGUUCAGUAUGAUACAUUCUAUACCCAACACAAACAAAGCCCAGCAACAUUUGUUCAAAAGGCACUGAGAUUUAUGGGUAUCAAUUACAUUUCAUCUCCUGAGGUUGGUUUCUUGAAGAGCAUGGUUGGGAAAGUGAACAAAAUCAAGACAAAGCUCAUCUUCCAGGUCCUCGGUGCAGAUGAGAUUGAACCUACAACCAACAAAAAGUACAGUUCACUGCUGGAGGAUCUUGCCUCCAUCAAGUCAUAUGCAUCUGGGAUCCUUGUCCCUAAAGAAUACAUAUUGUCAGUUAAGGCAGACAAGUAUUUGGGGGCUCCUACCACCCUUGUAUCUGAUGCUCAUAAACAAGGACUAGAAGUAUAUGCUUCUGGUUUUUCAAAUGAUUUAAUCUCAAGCUAUAAUUAUAGCUAUGAUCCAUCACAGGAAUACCUGCAUUUUAUUGAUAAUUCUCAGUUCUCUGUUGACGGGGUGCUUACUGAUUUCCCACCUACAGCAUCAGAAGCCAUUGGAUGCUUUGCCAAUAACAAGCAGGUUAAACCUGCCAAAGGAAAUCCUUUGAUUAUAACUAAAAAUGGAGCAAGUGGGAUUUACCCUGGCGCCACUGAUCUUGCUUAUCAACAAGCAGUGGAUGAUGGUGCGGACAUAAUAGACUGCUCAGUUCAAAUGUCAAAAGAUGGAGUUGCCUUCUGCUUGGAUUCAGCGGACCUUAUGGGAUCAACCACUGUGAUAUCUUCUUUCAUUUCUAGGUCGAAUGUUGUCCAAGAAAUUCAACCUAAUGCUGGAGUUUUUUCAUUCGAUCUCACAUGGAGCGAGAUUCAAACCUUGAAACCUCAAAUAGCUACUGUUUUCAAGGACUUCCCAAGAAACCCAGCAUAUAAGAAUUCUGGUAAAUUUGUGACCCUUGCUGAAUUUCUGGAGUUCGCUAAAGCAAAGGGAGCUUCUGGAAUUUUGAUCAACAUUCAGAAUGCUGCCUACUUAGCAUCAAAGAAGGGGCUUGACAUUGUAGGUUCUGUUACCACUGCCUUGAGCAAUGCCACCUUUGACAAGCAAUCCACCCAAUCAGUACUGAUCCAAUCCGAUGACACUUCAGUGUUGUCCAAGUUUAAAAGUGUUCCAACUUACAAAAGGGUGCUGUAUAUCGAAGAGAAAGUAGGUGACGCACCCAAACAGUCGGUGGAGGAAAUCAAGAAGUAUGCUGAUGCAGUUGCUGUAACAAGAGCAACCAUCAUCGAAGUUACAGAUUACUUCACCACGGAUUUCACAAGUGUUGUUGAGGAGUUUCAGAAAGCAAAUAUCUCGGUCUAUGUCUAUGUUUUGAGGAACGAGUACAUCACACUCGCAUUUGACUAUUUCUCAGAUCCUAUUGUGGAGAUUGCUACUUUUGUUACUGGAAUUGGAGUUGAUGGGAUCAUAACUGAGUACCCAGGAACUGCCAGUAAUUAUAUCAGAAGCCCAUGUACCAAUACAGAUAAACCCGAAUACAACAUCCUACCAGUUGAAGCUGGUUCUCUGUUAAGCUUGGCUCCCCCCGAAGUACAGCCACCGGCAGCGGCACCUCUUCCACCGCUGGAUUCUGCAGAUGUUGUUGACCCACCUCUUCCUCCUGUGGCCAACAUCAGUACUGCUAGUUCACCUGUUGCUGAGGCAUCUCAGCCAAGUGCAAGUACUAUAUCAUUUGCCAAUGUUGCUAAGAUGGAUCUUUCUCUGAUGGCAAUAAUGGUGCUUAGUUUACUAUCUAUGUUAAACUAAAGAUGAUGAUCAAUUUUUAGUCUGGCAUGUGCCUGUAACUUUCAGUUUCUCCCAGCUUAUUUUGGGUUUUAUUUUUUUAUCUCGAGUCUAUACUGUAGUAAAUAUUGACUGACAUUUAGCUCAUA